UGAGCAUCCUCUUCCUCCUGAGCUCAGGACAACCUGUAGCUGGUGUGAGACACUCUCAUGUGGACCUUUCUAUUGGUUUUCCCUCAGUUUAUAGCAUCUUAAACUCAUCAUCAUCUUUGGUAUCUUCCUUACCAUACAUUUUCUACAUUGGCAGGUGCGGUCAAGGGUGCUUGAGUAAAGAUGUACCUAGAGAAUAAAAGUAAUCUGGAGGUGGAGAUGUCUCAGACUGGAGGCCAGGGUCACUCUAGCAGGGUGGGCAGAAGAAAGUCUGAAUGUGUGUCUGAGAACUUUGAUGAGCUUCGUCUGCUGGAGGGCUUCUCGGGGGGAAGAGAGACACAGAAACUGCUUCAGGCUUCAGCUCAGCCGUCAGGACACUGUGUAAUCUACAAUGACGUCCAUCAGGACGAUCGGCACAGCUUUAGCACGGUAAACCUUCUCAAAGGCAAAUCUAACCAGACCAAUCACACGGAACGGUCACCUCUUCUCAAGUUUCCACAAAAUGACAGUAUAACUUACAUGACACUGCAUGACUCUACUUUGGGGCCUGGAGAGGAGUCAUGGGAGGCAAGCUCUGGUGAACUGGAGAGAAGGUGUAGGCUGGGAAGCGAGGUGACCAGUCUCUCCCAUAUAACAUCCCUGGAGAAGUCUGACAAUUACUUCAAAUUAUCAUCCCCCAUCAGAUUUUGCUUAAGAACAGCAAAACUCUCGACCAUCUUCACCAUUGUUGUUCUGUGUUCACUGUUUUUCAGCAUGUAUCCUGACAGGGAGAGACCCUGGAGAAUGCUGGCAGUGUCCUCCACUGAGAGCUUUUCUAUGAACUUGACUAAUUUUCGUGACAAUGCCCUGCUGAAGCUGCAGGUUGGUGGGCCAUUUUUGGGAGGGAUGGAGAAAGUACAAGAAGAUCAGGAGUACAUUCGGAUUCAGGUGGAGCAGACAGAGGAGCCGGGACCUAGAAGGAGAAGAACUCAGAAGGUGCUUUAUAACUGGACUAUACCUUUGCAUUCACAACGAAGUGACCAAAUUCUGAGAACAAGGACAUUUGAAAUGGUUAGCAGUGAUCCUAUUUUGAUCAGUGUCCAGGCCUUUCUGUUCGACAAUCAGGUGGUCCCCCUGUCCAUGACUCACCAGUCACUCUAUGUAACCGUGGAAACGCAGGUGCUUAUUGCCGGAUUGAUCCUGGCAGGAGUGUAUGUUCUCAUCAUCUUCGAGAUCGUUCACCGCACUCUGGCUGCCAUGUUAGGAUCCCUCGCUGCCCUGGCAGCGCUUGCUUUCAUCGGAGACAGGCCGAGCCUAAUGACUGUUGUUGAAUGGAUCGACUAUGAGACUCUUGCUUUGCUAUUUGGAAUGAUGAUACUGGUGGCAAUAUUUUCUGAGACCGGCUUCUUUGACUAUUGUGCGGUGAAGGCGUAUCAGUUGUCCCGAGGAAGAGUGUGGCCAAUGAUUAUGAUUCUCUGCCUGAUUGCGGCCGUUCUCUCAGCUUUCCUUGAUAAUGUGACCACCAUGAUGCUCUUCACCCCUGUUACAAUCAGGUUGUGUGAGGUGCUUAAUUUGGACCCUAGGCACGUCCUUAUUGCUGAGGUCAUUUUCACCAACAUCGGAGGAGCCGCCACUGCUGUUGGAGAUCCCCCCAAUGUCAUCAUCGUGUCCAACCAGGACCUGCGUAAAAAAGGAAUCGACUUUGCGGCCUUUACAGGCUACAUGUUUCUGGGAAUCUGUUUGGUGUUGCUGACCUCAUUUCCUUUCUUGAGAAUGCUGUACUGGAACAAGAAACUUUACAACAAGGAAUCCAGCGAAAUUGUGGAACUGAAGCAUGAGAUUUUGGUGUGGAGGCAGACAGCCCAUCGCAUAAACGCAGCGAGCAGAGAGGAGACCGCAGUCAAGUGUCUGCUCAUGCAGAAGGUGCUCAAUCUGGAAAGUCUCCUGCGCAAAAAGCUCAAGACCUUCCAGAGACAAAUAUCACAGGAGGACAAAAACUGGGAGAACAAUAUUCAAGAACUGCAGAAAAAGCACAGAAUAACAGACAAAGUCCUUCUGGUCAAGUGUCUGACUGUCCUGAGCUUGGUUAUCGUCAUGUUUUUCCUCAACUCCUUUGUUCCAGGCAUACAUCUGGAUCUGGGUUGGAUUGCUAUAUUGGGAGCUCUGUGGUUACUGGUAUUGGCUGAUAUUCAGGACUUUGAGAUCAUACUUCAUAGAGUGGAAUGGGCCACGCUGUUGUUCUUCGCUGCUUUGUUUGUGCUUAUGGAGGCCUUAGCCCAGCUGCAGCUUAUCGAUUACAUUGGCGAACAGACGGCGAUGUUGAUAAAAGCUGUGCCAGAGGAUGAGCGGUUGGCCAUCGCUAUCAUUUUGGUCAUGUGGGUCUCAGCAUUGGCCUCAUCUCUCAUAGACAACAUACCCUUCACUGCGACAAUGAUUCCUGUGCUUAUAAACCUUAGUCAGGAUGCCGAUGUCAAUCUCCCAAUCAAACCUCUAAUAUUUGCGUUAGCUAUGGGAGCUUGUCUUGGAGGGAAUGGGACUCUGAUUGGAGCCUCUGCUAAUGUGGUCUGCGCGGGGAUUGCUGAACAACACGGCUAUGGAUUUUCUUUCAUGGAAUUCUUCAGGUUGGGCUUUCCCAUGAUGCUAAUGACCUGCACAGUAGGCAUGUGCUACCUGCUCGCAACUCAUAUUGGACUUGGCUGGAACACCUAAAAAAUGUCCUCUACGCACCAGUGCCAGAAGAGACCAUGUGUCUGUCUGUGAGUUUGUUUGUGUGCGAGUAUGGAUGUCUUUAUGUGUUUGAAUGAUGCAUCGGAUCUUCCUGAGAAGAUUUGACAAAUUCAUCCGGAGAGACUACGUUUAACAUGCAGAGGUACGAAGAUGACAGGCCAUGAGAAGAUCUAAUUGUGUUGUUUUCUCACAGGCUGUCAUCUGUGUACCACACUGCUCUGUGGUGCUACUGAUACUUUUGCUACAAAUGUGCUGAAUGAUGUGAUUGUUUGUAUUGGCCAAUAAGAGAAAGUAAACCACGUAAUUCAUUUUAUUAGUGUGGAGCUCAUAUUAUUAUCUGGGUGGUAAAUGUGUAUUUAUUGAUGCAUAUUCACAGUGUAUUUAUUUUUAGGUACUUCUGAAAGGCCCUCAAUAAAUGUUGAAAUCUAUAAAAGAAUGUAUGUCAUUUAUAUCAUAUACAUACUUUAUGGGUUAACAUUACAUUAAACUGUCAAUUAAAUGUCUUGAAGUGUUAAUACUCUGUCAAAUAGUUUUAUAACAGCAUCAUAAAUUACAACUAAC